UCUUGAAUGCUCUGAGCUUUUAUGAGUACAUACGUACAGCUCCCGGAGGGUCAAUAGCUGGGAGUUGGAUUAUUCCAACUAGUUCAAAAUCUACAUGCAAUCCUAGUUGCAAUAAUCCAACUCCCAGCUAUUGACCCUCCGGGUCUUGGGAUGAGCUGUACGUAUGUACUCAUAAAAGCUCAGAGCAUUCAAGAAGAACUACAUGCAAUCCCACUCUAUGCGCAAACUUCAAUACAUAAUAUAAUUGAAAAAUUAUUCUGUAUGCUUUGUACGGAUAAUAUAUAAAUGAGUGUGAUUUACACUUGAUAGCCUAACAAGAUAUGGAGCUUGGUUUUGAUUUUGAUGACAAUGACUUCAGCAAAAAAGAAGAAGAAAAAACAGUUUUAAAAUCAUAUAAUGCAAAAUUUUGCCCUAAAAAGUGGUUUCUGGCAGACAAAGCAGACAACAGUGAAAACGAUCCUGCAACACUGAACAAAUUUCGAGCAGAUUUUUGUUAUUACCAGAAGAACACUGGGGAUGCUAUUGAAUUUUACAGAAAGUCUUUAGACUGCCUUGGAGGCCAGAAUCGUACGAUGCGCAGGGAGAUUCAGGAAUCCCUUGUAAGAUGCUAUCUGCAUAUUGGAUGGCACACAGAGGCAGCCAAAGGAAUUGACUUGAUGAUGGGUGACUGUUUGACAGUAGACCACCAUUGUCAGGCCUUCAUGCUAAAACUGGAGGUCCACAAAGCAUCAGGGGACUUAACUGAGGAGAUCAGAGUCCUAUACCAGCUGAUAAGCCUGCAUCCAGUGAAUGCCUUCUUUUGGCUCAAACUUGCUGAUGCCUACAGCCGGCUUGGUGAGAAACAUAACAGAGUACCAGCCCACACACAGCUUAUUGAGGGAUCAUCAAGUUUAACUUCAAAGUCUGGAACAGAAUGUGCCACCGUUGUUAAAACCGAUAAUGUUCAAAAUACGGGUAUAAUUAGUUUGGAACAUUCUGACUAUGAUAUCAAUAAGCUACAGGAUCAGCAUGAUUCCAAAAAACGUUCAGCCGGACAUGAUGAGAAUGUUAAUGAUGAAAUUAAUAAGGAAAUUAUGAGCUUUCAUAUUAAAGGCGCUGCUGUGCGAGACCCCAGAACCUCUACAGGGGAUCGCAAUGUAGGAGAUGGAGAAGAGAUUGCGUUAGGAGUAAACAAGCUGGAUCUAGAAAGUGAGCAGGCUAGAAAGGGCUCUGGAGAACAAGAUGCUAUCAAAAACUCUGAUGCCAAUAUCAUGCAGUUGUUCGUUGAAUAUCCAUAUGACUUGAUUCUUCUUACAUGCUUGGUCAGAGCAAGGCUCAUAUUGCAGUGUGUCCAGAGUACAGUAGGGACAUUCAUAAAGGACCGCAAUGUUGCCCUUGUUAACGAGAUUAAUAGAAAAAUUGAAUGUCUUGGCAUAGAUGGGUUGUUGGCAGAGUCUGUGUGUAAGUUUGUAAGGAGAGAUAUUGUCGCGGAUGAUGUCAAAGAUGAAAAUUCUCAGACACAGACCAUAGAGCACACAUUAAACAUGAUAUCUACAGAAGACUUCCACUGCAGAUGGUAUGCAUGGAUCAAUGAAGACAGACAUAUUACAUGAAUAAGCUUUUCUGUUCAUUAUAAUGUUAAAUAAAAAAUAAACACACA